AUGGCGGGCUCUCAACUGAAGCGCUUGAAAGCGUCGCUGAGGGAGCAGGGUGUCAUUGGACCCCAAAAAUCCAAAAAGCAAAAGCGCCGCGAUGCCGAAGAGCAAAAGGGUCGCAACGAAAAAAGACUGCAACGCGGCGCAGUCUUAUCCGGCAUUCGUGAGCAGUUCAACCCCUUCGAUCUCAAACACGCCGCGAGAGGACCCAAGUUCGAUGUCACCAGCAAUGUACCCAAGAGCGCGAGUGCUGCCAAGGGCAUCCAGGGCCGCCCUGGUGCUGCCAGAGCUGCCGGCGAAGAGCGGCGUCGUGAGACUCUUCUAGUCGACAUGCAGCACCGUAACAAAGUUGGCGGUAUUCUCGAUCGCCGAUUCGGAGAAAAUGACCCGACCAUGGCCCCAGAGGACAAGAUGCUCGAGCGUUUUGCCCAUGAGAAGCAGCGAGCGCACAAGAAGAGUUCCAUGUUUGAUCUCGAAGAUGACGGUCCACUAGAUGGAGGUCUUACACACGGCGGAAAGUCUCUUUCUUUUGACGAUGACGACUCACUUGUCGACGACUUUGAAGAAGACCUCGAUGCAAACGAUAGCGAUGGCUCCGUUCGUGAGCGACAACGCCUAAAACGACUUCGAGGUCUAGCGGGAGAAGAUCAUAGCGACACUAGUGAUAAGGAACCCGAGCGCAAAAAGUCUAAGAAAGAGGUCAUGGAGGAAAUUAUUGCCAAGUCCAAACAACACAAAUACGAACGCCAGGCCGCCAAGGAAGGCGAUGACGAGAUGCGAGCCACGAUCGACAAGGAACUUCCCAAUAUUCAAAUGCUAUUAUCAUCAUCAGCGAGGAACAAGCGCUCGGAAGAGGCGGAGGCAGCUACCAUUGCAGGCUUCGAGCGCGGAGAAUUCGACAGAAACUUCGACAUGCAAGUGAAACGUCUGGCGCAGGAUCGCCGUGCACAACCCCAAGAUCGCACAAAGACGGAAGAGGAAAAGCUAGAGGAAGAAUCAAAACGCUUACGCGAAUUGGAAGAGAAGCGCCAAAAGCGCAUGCGCGGAGAGGAAGUUUCCGAUAGCAACGACAGCGAAGACGAUAAGAGUAAACACGCCUCUGCCAACGUCGAGGACGUCGAAGAUGAUGACGAUGAAUUUGGGCUUGGUGAAGGCAUUCGCACACGCACGACAGCUGCCGACAUUGGGCUCGACGAUGAAGAUGACUUUAUCAUUGACGAUGACUUGGUUGCGAGCGGUUCUGAUCUAGAUCUGGAUCUCGGUGAUAGUGGUGAUGAGUCCGACGAUGAGUCUGGCAACUCUGAUGCUGAAGACGAAAUCGACGAAGACGACGAGUUUACAAAGGGUCUUUUGAAUGAGGAAGAGACCAAGAAUCCCGUCUUUCAUGUGCCGUCUGCUGCCAAGACGUCGGCUCUUGAAAAGGGAGACGAGCACGGUCUUCCAUUUACAUUUCCAUGCCCGGAGACUGUCGACGCCUUGCAAGCCAUCACGUCACAGUACCCCCACGAGAGCACGCCCAAGAUUGUUCAGCGCGUGCGUGCGCUGUACCACCCUAAGCUCGACGCCAAGAAUAAAGAGCGCCUGGGAAACUUUUCCAAGGCCUUGGUCGAUUAUAUCGCUUCUCCAUGGGACCCUGCCACUGCGCCACCGCUGUCGGUCACCGAGAGUAUUGUCCGUCACAUUCACUCUCUCGCCAAGAUGUUCCCUAUUGAGAUCAGUAAUCGUUUUCGUCAUCACCUCAAGGAAAUCGGAGAACAAAGGACUCUUUCUCUGGAGCCGUCUGAUCUCUUACUUUUGAGUGCCAUUGGAAGCAUCUUUCCCACGUCUGACCACUUCCAUCAGGUUGUCACGCCCGCCAUGCUGACUAUUGGUCGAUAUCUUGGCCAAAAAGUGCCAAAGCAGCUCGCCGAUUUCGCUACUGGCACGUUUCUCUGCAUUCUUUCUCUUCAAUACCAACAGCUUGCCAAACGCUACGUUCCCGAAGUCAUCAAUUUUACCAUUAACACUCUCUGCGCCUUGGCUCCCAUCGCUCCAUCUACACAAAUCACAACCACAAUCCCCAUACAUGAGUAUCCCCAAAAACGUUUUGUUUCAGCUGCGGCGACGAUUCGCAGGCUACGAUUUACCGAUUGUAUCCCUGGGGAUGCUGGCGACUCAGUCCCAGCCUCUGAAGCCGCCAUUGUCUCUGCCGCCAUCCUUGCUACAACGCUGCAGGUUCUCGACGCAGCUGCGGACUUGUGGACUGGAAAGUCGGCAUUCAUCGAAACAUUUGCACCUGCCCUCUGCACCUCCAAGCAUCUUGUCUCAAAAUCCUGCCGCAGCAAGCUACCGUCGUCCAUUGCACAGCAGGCCGAGAAGCUGGCCACUAAACUGGAGCGCAUGUCACGUCUCGCCCACAUAGCCCGUCGGCCGCUCGAGCUGCAUCACCACCGCCGGCUGGCCAUCAAGUCCUUUAUUCCCAAGUUUGAGGAGACGUUUGAUCCAUCCAAGCACUACGACCACGACCGGGAGCGCGCGGAGCUGGCCAAGCUGCAAAAGGAACACAAGCGCGAGCGCAAGGGGGCCAUGCGGGAGCUGCGCAAGGACGCCAACUUUAUGGCGCGCGAGAAGCUCCGCACCAAGAUUGCCAAGGACGAGGCGUACGAGAAGAAGUUUAAGCGCCUGGUGUCUGAGAUUCAGAGCGAGGAGGGCCGCGAGUCGAAUGUGUACGAGAGAGAAAAGUCGGCGCGGAAGCGGGCUAAUAACAGGUAG